UGACAUCACGGCCACCCCGGGCCAACCAGUCGGUUUAAUCAUCUUCCAGCGUCUACGGGCUGUGUUUUUCCUUUGCUUUACCUUCCUCCAAUGAGUUUGUGGUUUCAAGAAGGCACAAAUAAUAUGUCCGACGUACUGAGAUCUCUCUGACACGGCGAGCUGCAGAGGCCCAGGAGCAGAGCGGAGCAUCUCGCCUGAGCCAUGGCACCCCGCAAAAGAGGAGGUGGCGGGAGCCGUGGGGGUCUCUCCUUCAUCUUCUGCUGCUUCAACAGCAGCAGUGACCAUCCAGAGAUCACCUACAGGCUGAGGGAGGACUUCGCCUUGCAGGCUAUGGAGCCCGCUCUGCCCAUGCCCGGCUACGAUGAGCUGGAUGGCAUGUUCUCCGAGCUGGUGGAUGAGCUCGACCUGACGGAGAAGCACAGAGAGGCCAUGUUUGCACUGCCCGCAGAGAAGAAAUGGCAGAUCUACUGUAGCAAAAAGAAGGAACAAGAAGAAAACAAAAGUGCAACCAGUUGGCCUGAGUACUACAUCGAUCAACUCAAUUCAAUGGCAGCUAGAAAGACUCUCUUGGCUCUGGAGAAGGAGGAAGAGGAGGAGAGGAAUAAAACGAUAGAGAGUUUAAAAACAGCUCUGAGGACGCAGCCAAUGAGGUUUGUGACUCGCUUCAUUGACCUGGAUGGCCUCACAUGUAUCCUGAACUUCCUGAAGACCAUGGACUACGAGACCACCGAGUCUCAGAUCCACACGUCGCUCAUCGGCUGUAUCAAAGCUCUGAUGAACAACUCUCAGGGGCGCGCUCAUGUCCUGUCCCACUGCGAGAGCAUCAAUAUCAUCGCUCAAAGUCUCGCCACAGAAAACAUCAAGACCAAAGUGGCCGUGCUGGAGAUCAUGGGGGCCGUGUGUCUGGUGCCAGGGGGACACAAGAAGAUCCUACAGGCCAUGCUGCACUACCAGCGCUUCGCCUGUGAGAGGACACGGUUCCAGAGCCUUAUAAAUGAACUGGAUCGGAGUACAGGCCGAUACCGGGAUGAAGUGAACCUGAAAACAGCCAUCAUGUCUUUUAUUAACGCUGUGCUGAGUCAAGGGGCUGGAGAGACAAGUUUGGAAUUCCGUAUCCAUCUUCGGUACGAGUUUCUCAUGCUGGGAAUACAACCCGUGAUUGACAAACUACGUUCACAUGAAAACUCCACAUUAGACAGACAUUUAGACUACUUCGAGAUGCUGCGAAAUGAAGAUGAGCUGGCAAUAUCUAAACGUUUUGAGUCGGCACAUAUAGACACAAAAAGUGCCACCCAAGUUUUCGACCUCAUUCGAAAGAAGAUGAACCACACCGACGCAUACCCGCACUUUAUGUCUGUCCUGCACCAUUGUCUCCUGAUGCCUCACAAGCGGAGUGGGAAUACGGUGCAGUACUGGCUUCUGCUGGACCGGAUCGUCCAGCAGAUGGUUCUGCAGAAUGACAAAGGUCACGACCCCGAUGUCACGCCCCUGGAGAAUUUUAACGUGAAGAACGUCGUCCGGAUGCUGGUGAAUGAAAAUGAAGUGAAGCAGUGGAAAGAGCAGGCAGAGAAGAUGAGGAAAGAGCACCACGAGCUGCAGCAGAAAUUUGAGAAGAAAGAGAGGGAAUGUGACGCCAAAACUCAGGAGAAGGAGGAGAUGAUGCAGACGCUUAACAAGAUGAAAGAGAAACUGGAGAAAGAGAGCACAGAGCACAAGAACGUCAAGCAGCAAGUGGCCGAACUCACUGCGCGCCUGCACGAGCUCAGCGCCAGACAGGCCACCAUGGUUCCUGGCGGGCCCCCCCUCACCCCUGGCCCACCUGGAGGACCUGUGCCCCCUCCACCUCUGCCUGCAUUCGGAGGCAUGUGCCCACCUCCCCCUCCUCCUCCCCCGGGCGGGAUGCCUCCUCCCCCUCCUCCACCACCUCCUCGUGGACCCCCUCCUCCCCCCGGACGCCCACCCAUCGGAGGAGGCAUCCCCCCACCACCCGGAGCACCCUUGGGCCCAUCUCUCAAGAAGAAGAACAUUCCCCAGCCCACCAAUGCUCUCAAGUCUUUCAACUGGUCCAAGCUGGCUGAAAAUAAACUGGAGGGGACCGUCUGGAUGGAAGUGGAUGAUGCAAAAGUCUUUAAAAUUCUUGAUUUGGAGGACAUUGAAAAGACCUUCUCUGCCUAUCAGAGACAGCAGGACUUCUUAAUGAUCAAUAACACCAAACAGAAAGAGGCAGAAGAUGACACACUAGGCUCUAAAAAAGUCAAAGAGCUGUCAGUGAUUGACGGCCGCAGAGCCCAAAACUGCAACAUUCUCCUCUCACGACUGAAACUUUCAAACGAAGAGAUCAAGAGAGCGAUCCUGACCAUGGACGAGCAGGAGGACCUCCCUAAAGAUAUGCUGGAGCAGCUGCUCAAGUUUGUCCCAGAGAAGUGUGACGUGGAUCUGCUGGAGGAGCACAAACAUGAACUGGACCGAAUGGCUCGACCCGAUCGCUUUCUUUAUGAGAUGAGCAGGAUAAACCACUACCAGCAGAGGCUACAGUCGUUAUACUUUAAGAAGAAGUUUGCAGAAAGGAUUGCAGAGAUCAAACCAAAAGUGGAAGCCCUGACCAGUGCAUCAAAGGAGAUCCUGCACAGUAGAAACCUGAAGCAGCUUCUGGAGGUGGUACUGGCGUUUGGAAACUACAUGAACAAAGGUCAAAGAGGAAAUGCAUACGGCUUCAAAGUGUCCUCCCUCAAUAAGAUCGCAGACACCAAAUCCAGCAUCGACAAAAACAUCACUCUCCUCCACUACUUGAUAACCAUCCUGGAGAAGAAGUAUCCAAAAGUCCUGAUGUUCCAAGACGAUCUUAAAAGCAUCCCAGAGGCAGCCAAAGUCAACAUGACGGAGCUGGAGAAAGAUAUCGGGAACUUGCGGAGUGGUCUGAAGAGCGUAGAGAGCGAGCUGGACUACCAGAAGAAGCGACCACAAGAGCUGGGUGACAAGUUUGUGUCUGUGGUGAGCCAGUUCAUCACCGUGGCCAGUUUCAGCUUCUCCGACGUGGAAGAUUCUCUCACUGAGGCCAAGGAGCUGUUCCUCCGAGCGGUGAAGCACUUUGGAGAGGAAGCCACAAAGAUGCAGCCGGACGAGUUCUUUGGCAUCUUUGACCAGUUCCUGCAGUCGUUCAGCGAAGCUCAGCAGGAGAAUGAGAACAUGAGGAAACGCAAAGAGGAGGAGGAGCGCAGGGCUAAGAUGGAAGCUCAGCUCAAAGAGCAGAGGGAAAAGGAACGAAAGGCUCGAAAAGCAAAAGCCAAUGGAGAGGACGAUGGAGGGGAGUUUGAUGACCUGGUGUCUGCUCUGAGAUCGGGAGAGGUGUUCGAUAAAGACUUGUCCAAGAUGAAGAGAAACCGAAAACGCAUCAACAGCCAGAACACGGACUCGAGAGAACGGCCCAUUACGAAACUCAACUUUUAAACCACAAGGAGAAGCAGCUCAUUUGCCUGUUUCUUUGCUUUAUGUGGAUCCAAAUGACACACUAUUCUCAAAUGUUUUUAUAAUGCAUCAAUCUGGAGCUCAGCACAUUUAUAAGAAAACAUAACAAAGAAGCCAAACUUAAAUACUGGACAAAUGAGACCAUUCCUGCUGGAUAUUUAUUGGGAAUCUGCUCAUAUGAAUGUUCUUCAAUCCCAUCUUCCUCGCAGUGACCUCAAAAGUACUACAUUUCCUCACAGAUGCUGUUUAACCUAGUAUUCCAUCUGUGCUCUUUUUGUAUGUCAAAUCUAUGCACGGUCAAACGUACAGCUUUCUCUUCAAGCAUCACAGAGAUGUUUAUUGAUAAGGGGCCAUUCUUAUUGUCAUAGAAGGACUUUUUUUUUCACACAAGGACCGUCCUGAUAAGUUUUGGGACAAAGAUGGACCUACUGAACGCUGUCACACCAUUGCAGACCAAACUAUCCCAGGACAGAAACGCGGGGUCGUUCAACAGAUAAGAUGUAUUAGAAAAGAUGUUUUUGUGUGUUUUAAUAUUGUGCAACAUUUUUAUAUAUGAUCACAUUUGACCUUUUUGUCUGUUAAGAGCUGGCCUUAACUCUGUCAAUUUUAAUAGUUGAGUUGGUACUUAAAAGGCCUGGGCCUAAUUUGCUAUUGUAUAAACUAGUGUGGAUACUCACAUCAACAUUACAUAUAUCUAUAUACAGUAUAAAGCUAUGUGCUUGGUUCACAUGCACAUAUGAAGUUACGCUAAACGUUCUAUUCAGAAUCAGGCAAUACACGUUCCCCAAGUACUGAGAGUAUCCUUUACAUUGUUUUGUAAAUGCCUCUGUGACAAUGGAUGGAUUUAAACAAAUUAAAAGCAGAAAUUAUUUUUAACUCGUGACAGAAACAUCCCAAGUUUUAAAUAAUUGCUAACUGUCUGAUUCCAUCCAUUGUCACAUGAUUCCAUUGGACUUUUGUAAUUUAAAUAAUGCCUCCCAUUGUAUAAUGAACUGAUGAAAAUAAAUUGGGAUAAUGUGA